AUGUCCCCUGGGAACCCACCCGCUGGGUUGUCGGUCUCGCCCCACGCUUCUCCGAAUUCCAAAAACGAUUCUACUCCUUCUCGGUUGGAAACCUUGCGGGCCAAAGUCCGCGAGACUCGUCAAAAGGUGACGGAUCAAAAAUCCAAGAUACAAAACUCGAGUUUGGACAGCAUCGAUGGCAACUCUUCUUCUUCUUCAUUGCAUUCUGUGCAAACCAAGCCACUCCAUAUACAGCAAGAACAGGAAUGGAAGGAUCUCAUCAAGAGUCUCGAAGAAGACAAGGCAGCCAUGCAAAAGGAACUUGGUCUAAUCAAACAAGCUCUGGAAGCCAAGUCUUCUGAGAUUGCUCAAGAAGACCAAGCAGCCAUGUGGCAAGAGCGAUUGGAAUCCCUCGAAACAGUCAACAAAACACUGAAAGAACAGUGUGAACGUGAUGAAACGACCAAGAAAGAGCUUACUCAGCUGUGCGAGUCUCUCGAAGAACAAUUGGAGACAAAGGUUGCCAACAGUGGUGACCCGUCUGCUGAUCCAAGUCUGGCCAAAGUUUCGAAAGAUUUGCGACAGGCGCAAGCCCGAGAGUCGAUCUUGCAAGUCGAAUUGGAUUCUUUGCAGUCCAACAAUGCCAAAUUGACCAAGAGUGCCAAUGAAACCCAAGCCAUUCUCGAGAAAGAGCUCAAGGAUUCUCGUUUGCAGCAGCAGCAACUCUCGGCCAACAUGCGCGAAUUGACCAUUGUGGAAGAGAAUACACCCAUGACACAAGUGGGUGGUAGUGAUGUGACCCUCACAGAGCAAGUGCAAGAGUUGCAACAGAUUAUUGAUGCUUGGAAACAAGAGUCACCCAGACAACUUUUGGGAAGCGAAGAAAUUACGAAAUCUGACGACCGCAAACGAUUUGCCGAGUUGGGAGAUUUCGUCAUUCGCAAUCUGCAAGGCAAAGUGAGGACCCUUCAGAAAGUCGUUUCCACCCAAAUGGCCUUUCGCCGCAAACUGGAAAGCAGGGCGAAUCAGUUGCUGAAACAGGUCCAACAGCUUCGCAAGGAAAAGUCUGGGGAUAGGCUUGACCAAGAGUCCUUGCAGCGAUUAUCGAUGCAACUGGUUGGCUCCAAUACUGGAUUUGCCGCCCUGCAAGCCCAAGUCGCUGUCUUGGAGCAAGAUUUGGCCGAUGCGACUGCCGAAAAGGAAGCUCAAGCCAAGAGCGCCAACGAAAAAGGAGCCUCCUUGAAACAGGCCUUACAGCAAAACGAUAUUUUGCUCAAACAAGUGGCCCAGCUCGAAACCAAGAUUUCAGGGUUGAAAUCGGGUGAAGAUUCGGCCUCCACUCUGGAUUCGGCCAAUGAAAUGGAGCUACUGAUGGAGCUUCAAUCAGUCCGAGAUCAAAUGGAUCAAGUAGUGAAAGAAUCCAAGAAAUUGCAAGGCUUAUUCAAUGAAGAAACGAACAAGAACUCUGAUUUGACACAUCUAGUCGAAAUGCUGAAAAAGAAGGUUGAGCAACUCGAAGGCUCUGGAGCGAGCCCCGAACCCAGUUCCACUGGAAAUGGAAAUACAAGUACAAAUACGGAAGGACCAAUGGCAGUGUUGAAGAAAAUGAGGAUGCUUCAAGAGCAAACUGAUCAGCUCAUUGAUCAAGCCAUUCUCAAGAAGGGUGGCGCAGGCGAGAAAGUUACCAUCAAUCAGAAUGAACUGGACGUGGCAACUGUCUUGUCAGAACUGAAGGAUAUUCGGGACAAGGUACACAGCCACAUUGAAAUCUUGGAACGGUCCCAAGCAAAAACUGCUGCAAAGAUCAGCCAGGCUGCCCACACAUCAUCACGACAACGAAAAAGCGGUGAAAUGGAUAUUCGGAUUAUCAAUGAAAUGACGGGUCGGCAGACUGAUUUGUUUGUCAUGGUGACUCAAAACUUGACCAUGUACGAUGGGGUAUAUAAUUGCAAGGCCAUGAGAUCGUCCAAUGUUCGGAGAUGGCCGCCAGAAGUAUCACAAGCAUCCAAACAGAGGAAUAUUGAAGUUCAGUCCGUUCUGUUGGAUAGACAAGGAAAUGGUAUCAAGGUGUUCUCGGUCAAGGAGCUCAAGCUCUGCACAACACUGCUCUUCCAUUCGCUUUUAGCUGAUCCAUUCGCCAAGGUCAAGCUAAUCUUGAGAAUUCGCUAUGUCAAGGAUGAUGAUGUGGAAUCCAAGAAAAUCAAGAGCAUUCGCAUCAGCAAUAACGUGACUGGCCGGAUCAAGGACAUUCUUGUCCCGAUCUCUGAAAAGGCAAACUUGUACGACAGUGUCUACAAUCAUGACAUUGUUCGGUCUGCUAACAUUCGAAAGUGGCCAGAUCACGUGUGCAAACAUGUGGCACGAAAGACCCACUCGAUCCACUGUGCUGUCAUGUCGGGAGGCAAGGAACGGAAGACGUUUUCCAUAGAUGAACUCAAGACUAUUACUACUGACCAGCUUUUGAACCUUGCGGAAAAUCCAAUGGAUAUUAUUCAACUGGUAUUGAAGUGCAAGGGAGACGGCAAUAGUGAAAUUCCGAAACGCCAUAUCGAGGAACCAGCACUGAAAACUGAAUCGCUAAGUCUUCCAAAGCACAAGGGUUAUAUUCGAACACAAGUCAGGAAUAUUGCCACUGGCCGUUUCCAAGAACUUGUCAUUCCUGAAUCGGAUGCUUUGAGCUUGUUUGACGAAUUAUAUGAAAACGAUGCACUGCGGUUAGGGUUGAUUCGACGAUGGCCGGACCGAAUGGCGGAAAAGGUGAAGGCUGGGGUGGCCGAAAUCAAAUGCGCGCUGGCGGACACCAAUGGCACUAUGAUUCGUCCAUUCUCUCUUGAGGAUUUGAAGUCUGUGAAGACCAAUGAACUUGUUGGAAUGAUGAGUGAACGCCAAAGUGUCUAUCAUUUUUUGCUCUGGUGCGAGCAAAAGGAAGUCACAGCCACUUCCACUGCCACCAACGCAUCUCCUGUUCGCGAACGAAAUGGGACUCAGGAAGAUGAGUCCACAUCUCAACUCCGCAUUCGCAUAACCAACCAAGCGAGCGAACGGUUUAAGGAUAUCUUGGUUCCCGUCUCGCGAGAUGUAAGCAUGCAUGAUGGCGUUUUCUUCCAUGAGAUUGUGCUCGACGAAAACAUCCUCGAGUGGCCUCCAAGCGUUGAGGAAGCUGUGAAGGAGAGCACUUCAGAGAUCAAGAUGGCACUUCUGCACGAUGACAAGGAAAUUCAUUCAUUCAACGUCGAGGAACUUAAGAAUAUCAGCAUCGAGCAGUUUUUGGACUUCGUUCCAGAAAGGGAGAGUCUGGUUCAAUUGGUGUUGAGUUCCCAGCCAACUCCAGCUGUAUAUAUCCGCGAGCUGAAGGGGCAAACUGAAAAAUUGGCGGUGGAGAAUGCAAACUUGGAAGAAACGCUCCAGACUGUGAAUUUACAGCGGGAAGCCGCAGUUGAAAGAGCUGAAAAACUGACGAGGGAGUGCAAAAAAUCAGUGGGUGAAAUCACCACCGAAUUGGCUGCAGCUGUUGCACGGGAAGCUAAUGCAAAAAUAACAUUUGAUGAAACGACAACUGAAUUACGAAGCUCGCUGGAAGAAAAGAAGAAAGAGGCCGAAACUGCAAUUGCAAAAGUGGCGAAGCUAGAAAGCGAUCUGAAGCGUUCCAACACAGAGAAUGCUUUUUCAAUUUCAAUGAAGAUUCCCGAAUUGCAGGGGCAAAUUGCGGCACUUGAGCAAGACAAGAAGAAACUUGCUAAGUUACUGGAGAACAGUCCGCUGAAGGACGAAAUGAAGGAAUUGAAAUCCAAGCUUGAUGAUGCAACUUUGAGUGAAAAUAGUCUGAAAGAAGAUCUAGAAAUGUACAAGAGAAGACUUCACCGAGAACUAAUCGGGGCAACAGCAAAUGAGUCCAGCGUGAAAGCAGAACUCAAGUCAUUGAAGAGGUCAAUAAAUGAAGAACUUGAGACAGCAAAGCAAACAGAAUCCGCGCUCAGAAAUGAAAUCGUGUCGUACAAAGACAAACUUCAACAAGAAAGAUACAUGUUGUCGUGCUUGUCAACUGAGUUGUAUGACUGCCUGUACCGGGAGUCUGAGUUACGAGAGGAAGUCGAUCGUAUGGUUUCGGAUCCCAAUCACAAGUUUAUUCACACUGAUGAAACUGCAGUUUUGAUCAAGGCAGAGUACGCAGGUGUCGCACCUGAAGACUCAUUCGACAAGGACCUUGAUUCUGCUCGAAAUUUGAAUGAAGCUUUGUCGAAGCAAGUCUUGGAAUUGGAAUCGAAAAUGAAGAAACUUGAAAAUUCAAACUCCAGCAAGGAAAAGGAAUACCAGCAAAUCAUGGACCGGGACGAACAAUUGAAAGCAUCAGUCACUUCCUUGACUUCGAUUCUGCAACAAACAACAGACACCAACAAGGUGUUAACCUCUCGGGUGGAAGAACUCGAAGCCAUGGGUGCCACUCUUCAAAAGCAAAAGGAGGAAGCACUGAAUCGUGCUAUCUUGGCGGAAGAGAAGACCAAGGAGCAUUCUGAGGUACUUGCCGAAGUUGAAGAACUCAAGAAGAAGUUGAAAUAUGCAUCAUCCGACAAGGAACGGUUGUUAAGUCUCGUGGAGAGCAAAGAAAGUAUCAUCGACCAUCUGAAAGUCGACGGAGUGGACGUUGGCGAAGAAGGACGAAAUAAAGAUGUCCUCCAAAUGUUGGAAAGGUCUCACGAACGCGAGAAGAAACUUCAAAUGCAGUACCUGGUGUGUGUGUCAGAGCUCGAGAAGCUGACUGACUCGUCUAAGGAAUAUCAUGAUACUGUAGACUCCCAACUCUUGGAAGCCCAGAAGGAGGCGGACGAACACAAGUAUGCCAACAAGCUAUUCAAGGGCAUUAUAGCCAAGCUGAACCAAUUGAAUGAGAGUCUUGAAGUCAAGAACGAAGAACAGGUUAAGGAAUUGGAGGCAAUUCAAUCCAAGCACAAGGAACUUUCCGACUUGGGUCUGCUGGACUUGCAAAAUGUGAAUAGGCACCUAUCCGAAGAGGUCAACUUUUUGCGAGAACAAAAGUCCAAGUUCAACGGGACUAUCACCAAGUUGCAAAACCAACUGAACGAGCUGGCCAAGCUGCGAACGGACGGAGACAUGAAACGAACGAGACUGGAAGCGGUCAUUAGUGAAUUGGAAGAAGAGAAGGUUCAGAGCUUGGCAAGAGACAAGCAAUUCGAUGCGUCGGUUGCCAUGGUAUCCAGACUAACCAAACACCUCAACGAGGAACACGAGUUGCGCAAGAGCGAAGCGGAAGCCUCCGAUCAAAAGCAGGCCAAACUCUUAGACCAAGUCCAGUCGCUCACCAAGGAAUUGGACGAAGUGAACCGAAAGCUGGGUGAUCCUCUUCGAAGCGAAAACAUGGACGUACUUAUUACCAAGCUUCGGGAAGCCGAGAUGAAGAACAAGAAACUCCGCAAGGAUCGAAAUUCUUUGCAAAAAGAAUUGGACGAAGCGAACGAACGCAUGGCACUAAUCAAGAGAGAGUUUGGUGGCUUUGGCUUGUGA